UACAUGAUACUGAGUUAAGCAAUACUAUUAGUUUGAGUAAUGAGGUAAGACCCGUUUAGGGUUAUUCCUGAGUUGAUAAGAACAGAUUUAUCAAGGCUAUUUAAAGAAGAGGAGGAGUCCCGAAGGUCCAUACUCAGAGGCGGUAUAAAUUGAACGUCCCAAAAGACAUUGCCAUUUCAAAGACCGGCCGUCCUGUUGAGUUUUUCCCAAGCAUCAUGCCAGCCAAACCAGCACCUAUCAAAAAGUCAGCCAAGAAGGCUGCUCCAAAAGAGGAGAAGCCAGCAGAGCCGGCGCCCGUGCCCGAGGCUGCCCCCGCCGAGGCGCCUCCCGCUGAAGCGGCGCCGGUAGAAGCUCCCGCUGAAGCGGCCGUGGCGGAAACCGCUCCCGCUGCCGAGGCACCUGCUGCUGAAGGCCCUGCUGAGGAAGCUGCUCCCUCCACUGAUGCUCCAGCUGAGGCUGCUCCUGCUCCUGCUGAAGCUGCGCCUGUAGAAGAGCCACCUAAAGCACCAACACCACCUCCUCCAGCAGUGCCCACAAGUGCCCCUCAGAUCCUCAGUGUGGAUGAUGUCAAUGAUACCUCAGUCACUCUUAAGUGGAGAUCCCCGGAGAAUAUUGGCUCUGGGCUGGAUGGAUAUACCAUGGAAUACUGCAAAGAAGGAUCUUCUGAAUGGGUGGUUGCCAAUAAAGAGCUCAUCACGUCCAACCGGUUUGUCAUCAGCGGCCUGACAACUGGAGACCUACUUAACAUUCGUGUGGUGGCGGUGAAUGCCGGAGGCCGCAGCGAGCCCGUCGCUCUGGCACAGCCCAUCGCCGUCCGGGAGGUUGUGGAUCGGCCCAAGAUCCGCCUGCCCCGUGCCCUGAGAUCAAGAUGCGUCAAGCAUAUUGGAGAACAGAUCAAUCUUGUCAUCCCGUUCAUUGGCAAACCUAAACCUGUGAUAUCAUGGACCAAGGAUGGCCAGCCUUUGGAUACAAAGAAGGUGAACAUCCGCAACAGCGACAAGGAUAGCAUCCUGUUCAUCCGCAAGUCUGAGAGAGAAGACUCCGGCAGCUAUGAGAUUACUGUGAAGGUCGACAACUUCGAGGACAAGGCUAACCUCAUAAUUCAGAUUGUCGAUCUGCCCGGUCCUCCUGCCUCUGUCAAGCUAGUGGACUCUUGGGGCUUCAAUGCAGCUCUGGAAUGGACCCCUCCCAAAAACAACGGCAACACUGAGAUCACUGGAUAUACCAUUCAGAAGGCUGACAAGAAAACUGGAGAGUGGUUCACGGUUCUGGAGCACUUCCACAGGCUGAACGCUACAGUCUCGGACCUUGUGAUGGGAAAUACAUACACCUUCAGAGUUUUUGCAGAAAACAAGGUUGGAAGGAGUGAGACUGCUGCUGUAACAAAAAAUGCUGCUCAUAUUCAGAAAACAGGUAUUGUCUACAAACCACUGGAGUACAAGGAGCAUGAUUUCAGCGAGGCUCCCAAGUUCACAGCACCUCUCAGUGACAGAGCUGCCACUGUGGGCUACACCACGAAACUACUAUGUGCAGUGCGAGGCAGUCCAAAGCCUAAGAUUGAGUGGCUGAAGAAUCAGAUGCUCAUAGGAGAUGAUCCCAAAUACAGGCAGAUCAACAACCAGGGAGUGUGCUCACUUGAAAUCCGCAAACCAUCCUGCUUUGACGGUGGCGUCUACACUUGCAGGGCCAAGAAUGCCCUUGGUGAGGCUACAGUUGCCUGUAAGCUGGAGGUCAAACAGGUGAUUAUCCCAGAAGAAAAAGACAGGAAAUAGAAUUAUGUGCACAGUUCUCCUGUUGAGGAGCAGCAGGACACAAUUCUGUAAAAUGACAAUGAUGUUUACAGUGGUGUGGGCGAAUGAGCUGAUGUGUGCACAGUAAUGAAGGCUCUGACUUGCUUCUGUGAUUUAAUUAUUUCAACAAAAUAUAAGAAACUUUGGAUAGUUUCCCAUUUGGCUUCAAAGUAACAACACCAUAUUAGUGAGCUAAAAAGAUAAUUUUUAGUUUUAUAUUGUUGCAUGUAUUUCAGGUGUCACUGUAGUUUAUUCCUUAAAUCCCUUGUUGUAAUUGAGUGUUUCCAAUAAAACAAUAAACUCACUA